AGAAGAAGAAGCACGUAUUGAAGAGGAAAAAAUCCUAACUUGGUGGCAAAGAAGCCGAUGAAAGAGUGUUGACUAUUUAAAAGCGCAAUCAGUUUAACCGAAUUUAAGAAAAAACUGCACUAACACAGACAGACGACUGACACACGCACACGUACAGUGCUGUUUGGAGGAGGCGCUGACGCCACGCCACUGGCAAGCAAAAAACGACAAAGAAUUCGGAGAAGAAAAAUCUGUGUAAAGUUUUGGUCGCGCGCGCGCCUAUUCCAACAGUUAAGCAUAAUUGUGGCAAACCGAGUAAAGUGCAAUGAAUUCCAAACGCAUUAAGUACACGGUAUCGAGCUCGAGCCCUGCCGUCGUCAAGGAAGAGAUUGUGCCCGUUAUCAUACAACACGAUCCGGAAGAGGUCGACGGUGGUGGCGAGACACAAUAUAGCUACACUUACACCACUGAGGACGAUGAUACCGAGACUGCUGUGGUUACACUAACCGAUCGCGAGCACGAAGCGCUGGUCAACUCGCAAGAGGUUAUUAUUGAUGAGAACGGGCAUCCGGUUACACUGCAGCAGCUGGUCGAGAACAGCACCGUCGAAGAAGUCGAGACCAUUGAGCAGGGCGAUGGCACACACACAAUAUUGCAUAUUGUACCCAGUUUGCAGGACGACGAGGAUGAGGAGGUGGUGGAUGAGGAGGAAAUCGAGCAAGAUGACGACGAAAUAAUAGCCGUCGAAGGCGAAGUGGACGAGGAUGAUGUGAAUUCGACCACAUAUGAGCACAACCUCGACAACAGCCCCGAACACGAUGCCCAGUCCCGCAGCAAGACCUUCUAUUGCCCCAACUGCGGCAAUUGCUACAGUGCCGCUGGCUCCCUCAAGCUCCAUAUGCGCGCUUGCAUGCGCCAACGCAGCGAAGUGCCCACCGAGGAUCGAAAAUGUAAGGUGUGUAGCAAGGUAUUCAACUCAGUCGCCUACCUUAAGGAGCACAUGAUGCGCCACACUGGGGAACAGCCCUUCCGUUGCACCCGCUGCUACCGCAAGUUUGUUGACGAGAGCAAGUACAACGCCCAUAUGGACGCGCACAAGCACCAGGACAAGCUCGAGGCCGAGGCAGAAGCUUUGGCCGCACAGCACGGCGGCAAGAAGGUCGUAGUUAAAGAGUUCAACUGCUCCUUCUGCUCCCAGAACUUUACUGUCGUUUUUGACGUCGGCCAAGUAAAGCGCCGCUAUGCCUGCGACGCCUGUCGCGACAAGUAUUCGAAUGCAGAGGCUCUGCGCCGCCACAAGCAGCAGAUUGAGGAGAAGCGCGAGUUCAGCUGCGAACGCUGCGGCCGCAAAUUCGUCUUUGAGGGAUUUCUACAGCGCCAUCUCCCCACCUGCGAUGGCAGUAUCAAGCGUCGUCGUGACAUGAAGUAGAGGCGACUGCAACGUGACGGCAACUGGCGGCGACGAAAGAAAUACGAGAGGCGGGAACUGGCCGAAGAGUCCUACGUCGAGUGCUAUGACGAGGACUUGGUGGAGCACCUGGAGGAAGACGAACAGGCCAGCGCACCAGAUGCUUCUAACGAAUUCCUGACGUUGCAAACGAUGCCGUUUCGUUGCGUUGUCAUCAAGGAGGAGCAGAGUGAUGAGGUCGAAGUUGUGGAGGAGGAUGUUUAUGAACACCAAGAAAACCACUAAGCCCCUUUUUUUUAUUAAUCUCUAAAUGAACACUUAAUGUUCACACCACACACACACACACGCCAACAAACAUUUAUGUAUAAAAGGAAAGCUAUAGAAUGGAAGUAACAAUACACACGAACAGACAGACGUCCACACAAACACCCUCACACAAAUGUAUCGCACUCACGUAAUACCUUGUAGAACAAUUCGCAAGACGCUUACAAAAAAAAGAAAACGACAAUUCCAAUUCUACGACAGAUAAUUUUGGAAAUAUUAAACAUUGCGACGAAGCAAUGCUUAGAAAAAUCUUUAUAUUCAAACACAUUGUACACCGAAGGAGAUCUAUACAUUGUACGUAUAAAAAAUUAUGAAAACUGCUCUUGCUGCUAUUAUUCUUUCUUUUUUUUUUGAAAUCCCUGCGCUGUAGGAAUAUGUUAGGAAUUUUGUUACGAACGAUGAUCAUUGUGGUAGGAGAAGGAGAGAAGAAGUGAUAGGAUAGAGAAACAUUUGUAGUGUAUACAAAUGUCAAUUGAUGGCAGGGCGGUCAAUGUAUAUUAACUAAUAGCGAUGUAAUAAAUAUAACACAUAACCAUAAUUUCUAUCACAAUAAUGAUGAGGUUAAUUAAGCUCGGAAUUAAAAUGAUGUUAAAAUUAAAAUAAAAGCCAAAAUGUAAUGCCCUCCAGGCUCAACAA